CGGCCCCGCCCCGGCCCCCCGGCAGUGCGGUGCUGCGCCGCGAACAUGGCGUCGGAGGGGAUGAUCCUGACGAACCACGACCACCAGAUCCGCGUCGGCGUCCUCACAGUGAGUGACAGUUGCUUCAGGAACCUUGCCGAGGAUCGUAGUGGGAUAAACCUUAAAGAUCUGGUCCAAGACCCUUCUUUGUUGGGUGGGACUAUAUCUGCAUACAAGAUAGUGCCAGACGAAAUAGAAGAAAUCAAGGAGACGCUGAUAGAUUGGUGUGAUGAAAAGGAACUUAAUUUGAUUUUAACAACUGGAGGAACAGGGUUUGCACCGCGAGAUGUCACUCCAGAGGCCACUAAAGAAGUAAUAGAGCGAGAAGCCCCGGGGAUGGCCCUGGCAAUGCUGAUGGGAUCACUUAAUGUUACACCUCUGGGCAUGCUCUCUAGGCCUGUGUGUGGAAUCAGAGGGAAAACUCUCAUUAUUAAUCUUCCAGGUAGCAAGAAAGGGUCACAGGAAUGCUUUCAGUUUAUACUGCCAGCCCUACCUCACGCCAUUGAUCUCUUGCGGGAUGCCAUUGUAAAAGUAAAGGAGGUACACGAUGAGCUCGAAGAUCUACCUUCACCACCACCUCCUCUUUCUCCUCCUCCAACAACCAGCCCUCACAAACAGACAGAAGACAAAGGAGUGCAGUGUGAGGAAGAGGAGGAAGAGAAGAAGGACAGCGGAGUUGCCUCAACAGAGGACAGUUCUUCUUCACAUAUAACAGCAGCAGCCAUUGCAGCUAAGAAGCAUCCAUCCUAUACCAGUCCAGCUGUUAUCAUGGCUAAAGGUCAACAGCCCAUCCUUGGUCUCAUCAGUUAUUGCCAUCACACAGCAGGCAGUGCAGGAGAACUGAUUCCAGAUUCCAUCAUCUCUCGUGGUGUUCAGGUCCUCCCACGUGAUACAGCCUCCCUCAGUACUACUCCUUCAGAAUCUCCUCGUGCCCAAGCCACCUCUCGCCUCUCCACUGCAUCCUGCCCAACACCAAAAGUCCAAUCUAGGUGCAGCAGCAAGGAGAACAUCCUCAGAGCAAGUCACAGUGCCGUUGACAUUACCAAGGUAGCAAGAAGACAUCGCAUGUCUCCAUUCCCAUUGACAUCCAUGGACAAGGCCUUCAUCACAGUUCUGGAGAUGACCCCAGUGCUUGGAACAGAAAUCAUCAAUUACAGAGAUGGAAUGGGGCGAGUCCUUGCUCAAGAUGUAUAUGCAAAAGACAAUCUGCCACCAUUUCCAGCAUCAGUAAAAGAUGGUUACGCUGUCAGAGCUGCUGAUGGCCCAGGAGAUCGAUUCAUCAUAGGGGAAUCCCAGGCUGGUGAGCAGCCAACUCAGACUGUGAUGCCUGGUCAGGUAAUGCGAGUUACAACUGGUGCUCCAAUUCCAUGUGGUGCUGAUGCAGUGGUGCAGGUGGAAGAUACAGAGCUCAUCAGGGAAUCAGAUGAUGGCACUGAAGAACUAGAAGUUCGAAUCCUGGUGCAGGCUCGACCAGGCCAAGAUAUCAGACCCAUAGGACAUGACAUUAAAAGAGGUGAAUGUGUGCUGGCUAAAGGAACCCACAUGGGUCCAUCUGAGAUUGGUCUCUUAGCAACUGUUGGAGUAACUGAAGUAGAAGUUAACAAGUUUCCAGUGGUUGCAGUAAUGUCAACAGGGAAUGAGCUGCUGAAUCCUGAGGAUGACCUCUUGCCAGGCAAGAUUCGGGACAGUAACCGUUCAACUCUCCUAGCUACAAUCCAAGAACACGGCUAUCCAACAAUCAACUUGGGAAUUGUGGGGGAUAACCCAGAUGAUUUACUGAAUGCACUGAAUGAGGGUAUCAGCCGUGCUGAUGUGAUCAUUACAUCAGGAGGUGUAUCUAUGGGGGAAAAGGACUAUCUUAAACAGGUGCUGGAUAUUGAUCUUCAUGCACAGAUUCACUUUGGCAGAGUUUUUAUGAAACCUGGCCUGCCAACAACUUUUGCAACUCUGGAUAUUGACGGUGUAAGAAAAAUAAUCUUUGCGCUUCCAGGCAAUCCUGUGUCAGCUGUUGUCACCUGCAAUCUCUUUGUUGUUCCUGCACUGAGGAAAAUGCAGGGUAUCCUGGAUCCUCGGCCCACCAUCAUCAAAGCCAGGUUAUCAUGUGAUGUAAAAUUGGACCCCCGCCCAGAAUAUCAUCGGUGCAUUCUGACUUGGCAUCACCAAGAACCACUACCUUGGGCACAGAGUACAGGGAAUCAGAUGAGCAGUCGUCUGAUGAGUAUGCGCAGUGCCAAUGGACUGUUGAUGCUACCUCCAAAGACAGAGCAGUAUGUGGAGCUUCACAAGGGGGAGGUGGUGGAUGUCAUGGUCAUUGGAAGGCUAUGAUGUCACCAGCAAGAGCGAAGCUUUGAUGCAUGUCCACAUAUCAUUGACUGUAUCCUGUAAUAUGCAACGGCACAGCUAGUUUUUCCGAUUUGGAUAAAAGUUGAUCAGUAUAGUCAACAUCUUGAAAUAUAUUUCAAAUGGAAUUUAAAUAAAUACCUUUUAAAAAAAAAACUUUGAAACAAAUCUUAACAAAGAAAUUUAUUCUGAUUAUAUCAAAGCAACUUUUUCCUUUUCUUGCAAUUGCUUUGUGUGUUCAAUGCUAGUUCUAAUAGCGGUAGCUUUUAGUAGACAGCAGUAGGUGCCUGCAGAACUUGUGUUUUUUCUCAUCUUUAAGAUACAACUACUUACGCUCUUAAAACAAGGCUGUCUGCUUAUUUAUACUAGCGUAGACAACACUUGGAUUUCCCUUAUUAGUAUGCUUCAUAACCGCUUCACAGAGAGCUUCUGCUUGUUCUUUAUCUUGUAUCUCGUGUUGAUGUGCACAGUGCCAAAAGCAGAGUGGCUGCACUGGGAACCCAAUGAAGCCCCGAGGUUUCCUCACCUCGCCGCGCAUUCAGGGAUGUCUCUUGUCCCGGCAGCCACCCAGCUCAGUACUCUUGGGCAGUAACUGGAUACCUUUUAUUUCAACAAACAAAAAAAUUGCUUCCUUAAGUGCUGACAGCCUUUUUAACCAAUACAUUUAAAAAUGUACAGAACUAAAAACUAAAAAAAAUCAAAGACUGAUCUUGUACAGAUAUUAGUGUUACCAGCAUUCGUGUGGAAAUUAAAUGAGCAAAGAAAUAAAACUAAUGUUAAACAACUCUGUACCAUAACAUUUUCUGUAAUGAUAUUGAAACUUAAAUGAAUAAAAAAAAUCCUCAAUCAUUAUUUAAAA